CUCCCACGUCGACCGCUCUGUCCUCGUUUCUCUCGCCCUCGAACGGAUCGUCGGACGCCAUGGCGUCUUCCUCGUGCUCCGACGGAUUAUCAGCCUUCGGACUUCUCUUCCAGGCAGCCUCCAUUGUUCCGGUGGCGCACUUUCUUGCUACCGCCCUCCUCUUUCUUGUGAUCUUUCUCUACAACUUCCUCGAGAUCCACGUCUUGGGCGACCUCUUUCGGGGGUUCCGGGGGGACCAGGUGGUUCUAACCUUCAAUCCCAGGUCCAAAAUUUACGAGGGGGUCGUCUCAAAGUGUCGAAUCCUUCACGGGAGGUACUUGGCGAGUCCGUGGCUCUCGAGCCCUCAUUUGCAAACUGUGUUCUUGAAUUUUUUUGGGAGGCCGCCGUCGGUUGUUUAUAGAAGUUUCAGCAAUUUCCUAUUAUAUUCCAGGAAGCUAUUCUCUGUGCAUGAUGGUGAAACUGUUGCAUUGGAUUGGUUGCUCACUUCUGAUGUUAUAGGAGGGCCCUCUUUCACUGACAUCCCCAUUUCAAAAGAUGACAGGACACCAAUUGCAGUUGUGGUGCCAGGGUUGACAAGUGAUUCUUUUUCUCCUUAUCUAAGGCAUUGUACUUAUUCAAUUGCAAAACACGGGUGGCAUGUUGUUGUGAGCAAUCAUAGAGGCCUUGGAGGCAUCUCAAUUACUUCUGAUUGCUUCUAUAAUGCUGGAUGGACAGAAGAUCUCCGUGAAGUCAUUAACUAUCUUCAUCAAGAAUAUCCCAAAGCUCCUAUUUUUGCUGUUGGGACAAGCAUUGGAGCAAAUAUUUUGGUCAAGUAUCUUGGAGAAGAAGGGGAGAAUACACCUCUUGCUGGUGCCACAUCUAUUUGCUCACCAUGGGAUCUAGUGGUGGGUGACAGGUUUAUUUCUCGUAAGCUUGUGCAACGAUUGUAUGACAAAGCUCUUGCAAUCGGUCUCAAAGGUUAUGCUCAAUUGCAUCAAUCUACAUUGAUUCGACUCGCAAACUGGGAGGGAAUCAGAAAGUCAACCUCUGUCCGUGACUUUGACAAUCAUGCCACUUGUCAUGUUGGGAGGUUUGAGACUGUAGAUACCUACUAUCGAUGCUGUAGCAGUGUCAAUUUUAUUGGAAAGGUAGCUGUUCCAUUGUUGUGCAUUAAUGCAUUAGAUGACCCAGUCUGUACGAGAGAAGCAAUUCCCUGGGAUGAAUGCAGGGCAAACAAAAAUGUUGUAUUAGCAACUACAACACAUGGUGGACAUCUUGCAUAUUUCAAAGGGCUAACAGCAAAAAGUCUAUGGUGGGUUGGAGCAGUUGUCGAAUACCUUGAUGUUCUACAUUCAAGUCCAUUCAUGCAUCGACAGAAAAAGACACAAAACUUUGGUAUGCAUCAUUCUCUCGAGUCAGACAUUGACAAGGCCCCAUAUGUUAAUAUAGUGGAAGAUGGAAUAGUUGCUCCAAUAAUUACUGAAGGAACAAGAACAGGAACAGAACUCGUGACCAAAGACGACUUGCAUGUUGAUAGAUUGUCCUCUGACAGCAAACCUGAGGAUGAUGGUGUGCUUAGUGUCAAAAAAUCAGAUCCAACUGUAAACAUGAUCAGCCCUGAGCCGGUGGAGCCAGCUCACAAAGAGGAGGCUGAAGACAUUACUAAAACCAUCCAUGAUAUGACUGCACCAGUGAAGAGAUCUCUAAAUCAGCUGUUGCGGUGCUAUGAUAUUUCCAGGUGGCUGUUAGCUUAUAUCGCCAUUGUCACAACUUGGCCUCUACUUGGUUCUGCACUUUCUUUUGUCUUCAGGAAAAAGCUUAGGGGUUUUCUCCCAGUAGGAUGGCUUAGAAGAUAGGAGGUAUUUCUUUAUAGGCUAAAUGGUAUUGUAAUCUUACUUUAUUGGCUACACCAAUAAUCAACCUUCAAACUCAAUGAAGGAUUUACCAGUAUCUAUCAUUUGAUGAAAUCCUGUAUGAUUUCAUGAUUCGCAAUGGAUGAUUAUAAUACUGAAUAAUAUCUAUGAGAUUCACCUUA